ACGUCACCGCGUGGGGAGGUCAGGGCCGCCGCCGCCGGGCCGGCGGGAGUGAGGAUGGGCGCUUCCGCGGCCGAGGCCGACCGAACCCUCUUCGUGGGCAACCUGGACACCAAGGUGACGGAGGAACUGUUGUUCGAGCUCUUCCACCAGGCAGGUCCCGUAAUUAAUGUUAAAAUUCCUAAGGAUAAGGAUGGUAAACCAAAGCAAUUUGCAUUUGUGAAUUUCAAACAUGAAGAAUCUGUUCCUUACGGAAUGAAUCUACUUAAUGGAAUCAAACUUUUUGGAAGGCCCAUCAAAAUUCAAUUCAGAUCAGGAAGCAGUCACGUCUCACAAGAUACCGGUUCACCGUAUUCCCAGUAUGGUAACACGAGCCCAUCUAACUUACCAAUGCCCACUCCUUCUAGCAGAUAUGAAAGGAACAUGGAGAACACGUCAGCGGGGUAUAAUUCGGGGCAUAUGAUGCAGAGAUCAUUCUCUUCGCCAGAAAAUCUUCAGAGACAUGCUGUGAUGAACAACGUGUUCCGGUCGCCGGGAUCCCAAUACGGCGGGAAGUUUGGAUCUCAGCACCCGGAUCACGGCGGCUUCUCCCCUCCAGGACCUCCCCACGGUCACUCGUACAGCUCGUCCUCCAGCUCCCAGCGGCGCCAGGACAGCCCCCUCUCACACCGCAAAGUCAGACAGAACUCUCAUCCCUACCAGUCCGACAGGCAUCACUCCCGGGAACCGCGCUACGGCGAUCACGGCCCCGACCAUCACUACAGAGGAGGCCGCGAGGACUUCUGCUACGAAGAUCGGGUCCAGGACGGCUGGAGCCACGACUACGAUAACAGAAGGGACAACAGUAGGGAUGGGAAAUGGCGUCCGUCUCGGCACUGAGGCAGUGUUUUUUUAAAAAAAACAAACAAAAAGAAAACAAAACUCUUUUCUACGGCUUACAGAAGGCCCGCUUCACUCUGGCCCAGGCACAGCUUUGUGACCAAACUGUAGAGGAACUUUUCAGAUUGUCCCUUCCCCCUUUUCCUUUUUUUUUUUUAAAUACUUUUUAACUGCCUGCAGUAUAAUACAGAGGAACAAAAAGAGUCGUUUCCCUUUUUAUUGUAUUAAAAGUCUUUUUACCUCAGGGUUUUAUACAGAGGAACGUGCCACAACCAAUCAUUGUAGUCAAAAUAGAGAAAGGGUUGUGAAGUUUGGUGGAAUUACGAAGCAGAUGUCUUAAAUGAUUUUGUACCAUUUGUAGGGGAUUCAAUUAUCCUUGUUGGUGUGAUCAUGUGUGUAGAUCAUAGACAUCGAAACCGAUACCGGCUAUCAGUAUUUUGUUCCGGAACCGAAAAAGUUCUUCAUCCACUAAUAGUGUUUGAGGAAAUUUCUUAUUAAAUUUGCUGGUAAAUAGUCUUUUAAAGUUGUUCAAAAUCAAGCAGAAGUUUUGUCUAAAGUCUUUAUUAAAUUUAUCCUGCAGACAUCCUCUCUUAGAUUACCACCUCUAAAUUAGCACAGCCUAAAACUUGGGACUUUAGUUGAGGAGUUUCAGUGUUUCAUUUAGAACGCAGAAGGUGAGCUGGCAGGGCUCUGAAGGGGCCAAGUGAAGUAGGAAUAAUAGCGUUUACUAUGUGCAAAGCACUGUUCUGAGCGCGGGAAAAGAAAUACAAAGAUGAGCUGUAGACACGGUUCAUGGCCUCGAGGUGGGGGGAAAAAGGAAAGAGAGGGGCAGGGCAAAGGGAAAGGGGGAAAAGGCAGGGAAGAUGAGAGGACACUUCGGACUCUCUCUUUUUAUAUCCAGUUCAUCCACGUGAGUUCUUGUUCCCGUGUCUUCUGCGUCAUUUCCGGUGGGAGAUCGCAUCCCCAUUAUCCUUCUCCCAAGUGCCUACCCCAGUGUUCUGUACCCACCCAGUUGUAAUAAACACCCACUGAAUGCCUGUUGUAUUGUCUAGCCCUCCUCCCCCUGCCCCCUUCCACUGCCGAACUGGUCACCCCUGGGCGCCAGGGCCAGGACUGGGGUGUCCAGUUGCCUUGAAGGCCACAGCCCUCCCAGCCCCUUGCCGGUCCCCCCCUCCUCCGGGCUCAGCUGUCAUUUCUGGUGCUCUGGCAGGUUUGGUCACGGUCAGUAUGACUUCCCUUCCAGCUGUGGGGGCGAAGGCCCCAUCCCCUGUCCGUUCUAAGUUUAUGGGGGUGAUCACUCCCUCUGCCCCUCCCCUCCCCCCCCCCCCCCCCCCCCCCGCCGUGUGGGUACCUUUGAGUUUUUGUUCAAGGAAUAUUCGAGGUAUGCAAAAGUCACUCAGGAAGUAUUCAGCCUCUUCAGGGGUAUGCUUAAUACAUCUGAAAAAAACCGGAUUGAAUAUUAGUGUAUUCCGUUUUCAGAGACAGGUUUUAUUAGCGCCCAGGAAUUGGAAAGUGGCUAUUAUUUCUUCUCUCCCCAAAAACACCUCAUAAGUUUCAGGGUAUACCACUGAGACCACCACUUUUUAAUUGUCUUUCUUGAAGAACCCAGUGAAUGUGUGGAAAUGAACUGUUUAUGGAGACUGUCUGGGUUGCUUUUCAUUCAGAUAAAUUAGUCUAAUUUAAAGUCAUCUAAUUGGAAAUGAUGUUUCAGUUGCUUUAAAUGUCACGAUUUAACAUCCUGUUUUAAUUACUGAUCUCUCAGAAUACAGCCUGUUUAUGUUUUGGUACCCUAAUAAACUUGUUUAUAAGGACAUA